AUGUACAUAAAUGAACGAAAUACAAAGAAUGCUGGCGCUGGCCUAACCAAACGUUCGAAAUCAGAAUCGGUGAUCUCGAAAUGGAGAUGGAGGCCAGAAAAAGCAGCUGAUAAAUCCACCGAGGACUGGAAACUGCUGAGGGCCUCAAAGGGCUUCGGGACUCAGAGCUCAUCUGGAACAUGGCCGGGCCGCCCUCGCUCGGGGGCGGCCUCGGCCUGGCCUGACAGUUUAGAGAAAUUCAUCACCAAAGGUCUAUGUCUUGGUUGCGGUGGUGAUUACCAAUAUAAAGGUGCCUUAAAAGUGAAUAUAGAGAGUUCGGAAUAUACGGGUUAUAAGUACUUUUACAAUAGACCAGGUUACCGUGUUAAGGCCAGGUCGUGUGAAGAUGCGAGGUUUAUUCACAUAAAUUUUGUGUUGUUAGCUGAAAUACGACACUUUGAAUCGCAUCUCAUGAAUAAGUCUCCCCCGUCAGAGUUGAAAGAACAGCAAUUUGUCCACAAAUCCAAGCCUCCGAAAGGAAUGGCCCACUUAUAUGAAGCAAACAAAACUUUGCAGGACCUGCAGUCGGAGAUCGAAACACAUCGCGAUGUCUACGCAUCUCUCACGGGGACUGGGCGUCGUCUGCUCGGCUCUCUGUCAUCUCAAGAAGACGCGGUCAUGCUUCAGAGAAGAUUGGAUGAGAUGAACCAAAGAUGGCAUCAUUUGAAGGCGAAGAGUAUGGCUAUCAGGAAUCGUCUAGAAAGCAACGCGGAGCAUUGGUCGGCGUUACUGCUGUCUCUCCGUGAGCUUACCGAGUGGGUGAUACGCAAGGAGACUGAAUUGAAUGCUCUUGCACCGCCUCGGGGCGACCUCAACGCUCUCAUCAAACAACAGGAUGAUCACCGCGCUUUCAGACGUCAACUGGAGGACAAAAGGCCAGUCGUUGAGAGUAAUCUCCUCAGCGGACGACAGUACGUCGCCAAUGAACCACCACUAUCGGAUACCAGCGACACUGAACCGAGCCGUGACAGCGAAGGUGACUCCAGAGGUUACAGAUCAGCAGAGGAGCAGGCUCGUGAGCUGGCUCGGUCAAUACGUCGUGAAGUCGCCAAGUUAGCUGACAAGUGGAACACCCUGGUUGACAGGAGCGACGCGUGGGGUCGGUGUUUGGAUGACGCAGUACAGCGCGUACGCACGUUCACGACAUCACUCGACGAGUUAGCGUCUCGCGUUCAAACAGCGGAAGCUGCUCGGGCAUCAUGGCGUGCACCGGGAGAUGCGAGAGAUGCGCGUGCCCAACUCGAUGCUGUGUCUCGGGCAAGAGCACAGCUUCCACCUCUGAAGAGGCUGGUAGACGAACUGAGAGGCCAAGCCCAGGCGUUGGCGAGAGAUAAUAUACAGUUGCCCGAACAUUUGGUUGCGAGACUUGAGGAUUUGAAUACACGAGUAUCUGGCUUAAGUGCCGGUGGUGAAGAACGUGCACGGCAGCUUGCUGGAGUGGCCAGGGAUGGAGGAGCGGGAGCGGCUCAGGGCUUCCUGGCUGGCUCCGUCCGUCCGCCCUGGGAACGAGCUGUCACACCAGCCAACGUACCUUAUUAUAUCAAUCACGAACUCGAAACCACUCACUGGGAUCACCCAAAGAUGAUCGAGCUGAUGAACUCCCUGGCCGACCUGAACGAGGUUCGCUUCUCCGCGUACAGAACUGCGCUCAAACUAAGGACUGUGCAAAAAGCUCUUUGCAUGCACAUGCUGCAACUACCUGCUGCUCUAGAGUCCUUCGACUCACACGGACUGCGGGCCCAAAAUGAUCGCCUCAUAGAUAUUCCGGACAUGAUCACCGUACUUACAUCUUUAUAUGAGGUUAUCGCAGCAGAAAACCCAAGUCUAGUGAAUGUUCCACUCUGCCUGGACUUAUCGAUCAACUGGUUGCUGAACGUGUACGACAGCCAGCGAACCGGCCAGAUCAGAGUGUUGAGUUUCAAGGUCGGGUUGGUGUUGCUCUGUAAGGGACACUUGGAAGAAAAAUAUAGGUAUUUGUUCCGCUUAAUUGCUGACCCGUCUUGUCGCGCUGACCAAAGAAAACUAGGACUACUUCUACACGAUUGUAUACAAGUUCCAAGACAGCUAGGAGAAGUUGCGGCAUUCGGAGGGUCUAAUAUUGAACCUUCCGUGAGGAGUUGCUUCGAGCAAGCCUCAGUCGCUACCAAGGAGGGCAACAGAGGUAGCACGCUGGAUAGAAAAGCAGGUGACAAGGAAAAAGAGAAAGAAGACGCCAAAGAGAAGACACUGGAGCGGGACGCGGACGGGCAGCUGCAGUUCAUCGAGGCGUUCCACUUCCUGCAGUGGCUGCAGAAGGAGCCGCAGUCCAUGGUGUGGCUGCCCGUGCUGCACCGCCUGGCCGCCGCCGAGGGCGCGCGCCACCAGGCCAAGUGCAACAUCUGCAAGGACUAUCCCAUCGUUGGCUUCAGAUACCGCUGCUUGAAGUGUUUCAACUUCGACAUGUGCCAGAAAUGCUUCUUCAACGGCCGUAAAGCCAAAAAUCACAAACUUACACAUCCAAUGCAAGAAUACUGCACAGCCACGACAUCCGGCGAAGACGUGCGAGACUUCACGAGGGCUCUUCGCAAUAAAUUCAAAUCUGCAAGAUACUUUAAGAAACAUCCAAGAGUCGGCUACUUGCCAGUCCAGACUGUUCUUGAAGGCGACGCGCUGGAGUCCCCGGCGCCGUCCCCGCAGCACGCGGCGGCGCCCGACGACAUGCACUCGCGCCUGGAGCUGUACGCCUCGCGCCUGGCGCAGGUGGAGCUGGGCGCGCGCGCGCCCGACACGCCCGACAGUGAUGAAGAGCACGCACUCAUCGCUCAGUACUGCGCGUCCUUAAACGGAGGCUCAGAGGGCGUGGAGGGGGAAGGGGACGGAGAGGACGCGCCGCGCUCUCCCGUACACGUUGUGUCGGUCAUACACCGGGAACAACGACACGAGCUCGAGGCUAUGAUCAGAGAACUUGAAGAAGAGAACGCAAGCCUUCAAGCGGAGUACGAGAGGCUGAAAGCCAAACAGACUCCAGGUUCGACACCCGAAGAGCAACACGCAGUCACUGACAACAGGAACGCCCCUGUUGACCAGGACAUGAUGGCCGAAGCCCGUCUCCUGAGACAGCACAAAGGAAGACUGGAGGCUCGCAUGCAGAUCCUCGAGGAACACAACCGUCAGCUAGAAGCACAGUUGCAACGUUUGCGCCGAUUACUUGAUGAGCCUGGCGCAACCCAAGGUUCUCCAGGCGCUCGCACAGGCACGCUGCAGACUCGCUCUGUGACCGCCUCACAACUCGCCACCGACUCGCCAGCCAAGCUGCACAACGGCCUCUACCACGAAACGAUAUUUUUGUACACAGAUGACCUUGGCCGAGCUGUAGAAGAACUAGUAUCAGUUAUGACGGAGGAUCAAAACCAGAAUACCAACGCUCCUCCUCAAUACACUAACGGGAAACCCGAAGACAAAUAG